AUGAGAAAGGAUGUCAACAUUGUUAUGAUUAGUAUUUUAUAAAUUCUUCAAAUUAAUGUGAUAGAUGUUUAGAUCCUAAUUGUCAAAUCUGUGAUGAGAAAGGAUGUCAACAUUGUUUUGUUUGGUAUUUUAUAAAUUCUUCAAAUUAAUGUGAUAGAUGUUUAGAUCCUAAUUGUAUAAGUUGUCAUGGAUAAAGAGGGGAAAGUUGCACUGCUUGUGGCUCUAACAUGUAUUUUUUAGAAGGUGAUGGUUCUUGUACUGAUUGCAAACUUGAAGGAUAUUAUGCUAAAGAAAUGGCUUGUAAUAAAUGCACUCCUGGCUGCAAAAAUUGUGGAGGUUAUAUGUAUUGUUAUUAAUGUUAAUCUGGUUAUUUUUUAAAAAAUAAUUUUUGCUCUAAAUGCAUUCCUAACUGCCAAAAUUGUAACAAUGAAAUCACUUGUGAUUUAUGUUAAUCUGGUUAUUAUAUAAAAGAAAAUUCUUGUAAUAAAUGCAUUCCUAACUGUCAAAAUUGUAAUGAUGAAAUCACUUGUGAUUUAUGUUAAUCAGGCUAUCUUAUUCAUGAGUAAACAAGCUAAUGUGUUAUUUGUUCAUAACAAUCAGGAUAUUACGCUUCUGGAAAAUAUUGUAAAUAAUGUAAUAUAGCUUGUAAAGAAUGCUCAGGACCUACUGAUUUAGAUUGUAUUAUAUGUAACUAAUUUUAUUUUCAAAUUGAUCCAACUACAAAACGUUGCUAAUCUUGUCCAAAUAAUGCAUAUCUAAGCUCCUCUAAGUAAAAUUGUUAAAAAUGUAGUUAUUAAUGCUCUCUAUGUGAUAAUGUAGCUUUAAGUUAUAGUAUGCUUACUAAGGAUUAAAGCUUAAAUUCCAAUUAAAAUUAUUGCUUAGUAUGCAGUUGUUAGUUAUGUGAAAGUGGUUACAUAUUAUUUAAUUAAAAAUAAUGUACAUAGAGCUGUGAAUCUAUAGGCAGUAACUAUAUUUAUAAUUCUUCUACAAACAAUUGUACUUGUUAAUAAGGGAAUAUGUGAGUGCCCUGAAGGAUAUAGCUUAGAGAAGCUUAAAAGUCCUGUUUAGGGAUAAAGUAUGAUUUGUUAGCUUCCCUUAGCUAUUUAAUCUAUAAACGUCUAUAAUUAUCUAGCUUAAAGCAAAGAUAUAACUCUUCCAACAGAUUUUAGUGAUAAUCUAAUUGUUAUUACUUAUAAUAGGAAAUUAACAACUGAAGAAUAUUCCUCUUUUUAAUUUUUAAUAGACGAAGGAAUAUUGAAUUUAGGUAAUCAGUAUAGCAUCAAUUCUAUUUCUAUGGAAAACUAAAAUAUAAAAGUAAUAAUUAUAUCCUAGGAAAACAGGAGAGUAAAACAAAUCACAAUUAGCAUUAAAGGAUCUAAAAUAAACUAUUAAAUUCCAAACACAAUAAUUGUUUCAUCAAGUUAUGGAAAAUAAACUAAUUCGUUAGCAUCAGUAAUUUUAAAUUUUAUGUUCCAUUUCGAAUUUUGUCUAAGUUCUACCUUUGAUAUACCUAAUCAAAGAAUAUCUACCCCUUAAAGUGAACUUUGCUUCUUUGUCAGGAGCAUCAUUAGUUUUUAAUUAAACACCUCAGCCUACUCAGAUAUCAUUUGA